AUGACGUGGAGCAUUAGCCGACUGCAUUUAAACGUCAUCCAUCCUUGCUCCACUCGGUAUCCACCCUCUCACGCCUUCACGAGGAGCUCAAGUUGUCGAAGACUUGCACAGCUUCAUUUCACAUUUUCUAACAGUUUCGAAAGUUUCGCGAGUUGUGGGAUUUCGGUCAUCUGCGAGGAGCCCAAUUAUGAUAGUGUGAAGGACCGCCUGGCAGAGCGGGACAGGGACCGCGGUUCCCUACCUCCUGAUCGGGACUGGGACAGGGGGUUGCAUUCACGCGAUGACAGGCGUCGUGGGCGGGAUGCAGAUUGGAUAAUUGAGAGAGAAAGAGGAGACAAGGACAGGAUUACCGACCGCGAGCGAGAGGGACAGAGUGAUAGAGGGGAUAGAGACAGGAACAAUGAGAGGGAGAGAAUCAGAAUUUUGGAAGGAGAGAGAGGAAGGAUCAAGGAGGAGGACAGAGAGCGCGACAUGGAACGUGGAGGCCGAUUACGGGGUAGAGUGGCCGACCGAGAGCCUGGGGAGAUUACAAUUUCAAGUCGGAGGGAAGGUGGAGAAAUUGGCUUAAGAGAUCAUCGGGGUCUACCUUCAAAUAAUGCUAGUCAAGUGGGUACGGAGGCAGGAAGAAGUACUGGCGAUAUCCCUAACCAAGGGAUACAGCGUGAGAAGAAACGCAAGUUUAACCCCAUAGUUUGGGACUUGGACGACUCAAAAACUGGAAAGCAAGUUUCAACGUCACAAGCAGCACCUCAUCUUUCGACCAGGUUUGGUCCAAAUUCUCCCUCCCGUCCACACCAGCGAUCAUUGAAUAGUUCGUCUCCACCUACCUCUCUUAAACUUCCUCCUCGAAAUCCAGACUCCAAUGCAACAGAAUCUCCUGUGAGAGAAGCACCUCAUAAAUCCAGUUCUGCUGUUCAAGCAGUGGGAAGACUAUCCUCGACAGUGAGUCCUUCCGGACAGGUAAGGGCACAGAUUAGUUUAAAAGGGAAGAUCACGGUAUCUCCCAGUCUGGCUGGUCGCGUGACGGAUCAAAGACCGGGGUUGAAGCAGUCCCCAUCCUCAAGUCCGAGUGGCCAAGAAGUGGAAAUUAAUAGAUCGAGCGAGAGGAUGUCUAUUUCCCCACGUCCUUCUAGCCGAGGUAUUGAUGUCAACCAGAUUGGUUCUGUCUUAGGGGCUGCGAAUGGAAACCCUUCUGCGCCUCGUCCACGGAGUCAUUCUCUUUCUUCGCCAUCUUCCCUGUCCUCCUCUUUUGAUGCUGCGGGGGGUUCCCCGGCUGCUGUGCAAAAUCUCAGUGAAAAGGAUGUUCAAAGCGUUGAUGUACACAUGCAAGACGUGAAGAGGUUUACUGGCACGCCCGAUUCAGAUGAUACUCUCGAACCAGGUCAGCUUUUGGACAGUCCAAUGCUUAUUAGCAAACACGAUGAGGGUACUCCCACUCCUGUAACCAUCGGUCGCUCACGUUGGGUUGAAGAUACUCACAGUCCAGAGCAGAGCUGUACUCCCACUCUGCCAACUUCGAAAGCUCGCGUUCAGAGGUCCAGAAGCGUAGACAGUGACAAAAAAGGUAGAUCUCCAAGUACGUCACCUGAACCAGGCGAAUACAGACAAGAUAAAACUUUUCAAGAUAGUGAAGAGUAUGAGAGAGAGUUGAACAAGAAAGAGUUGCAAGAGCUCGAUGAAGACAGCGGAAACGAGGACAUUGAGGAGCAGCAGCCAGAAGUUGAUUCAGAGCCAGAAGAAGUUCCAGUCUCAAGCGGCCCGGAGCAUCGUGCGAUUGACAUGUUAAAAGGUUGCAGAUCAGUGGAUGAAUUCGAAAAACUGAACAAGAUUGAUGAAGGCACUUAUGGCGUCGUAUUCCGUGCAAGAGAUAAGAAAACAGGAGAACUUGUGGCGUUAAAGAAGGUGAAGAUGGAGAAGGAAAGAUCAGGAUUUCCUAUGACUUCUUUGCGGGAAAUUAAUGUCUUGCUAUCGUUUCAACAUCCGUCUAUUGUCGAUGUUAAGGAAGUUGUUGUUGGCGUAACUGUGGACCAUAUUUUCAUGGUUAUGGAGUAUAUGGAACAUGAUCUGAAGGGAUUGAUGGAAACUAUGAAACAACCUUUCAGUCAAAGUGAGGUUAAGUGCCUUAUGUUGCAAUUAUUUGAUGGUAUUAAGUACCUACACGACAAUUGGGUCUUGCAUAGGGAUUUGAAAACAUCAAACCUUCUCUUGAACAACCGGGGAGAACUCAAGAUAUGCGACUUUGGCCUUGCACGUCAAUAUGGCGAUCCCUUGAAGGAGUACACACAUGAAGUUGUCACUCUCUGGUACAGAGCUCCGGAGCUACUCCUUGGAGCGAGAAAGUACUCAACGGCGAUUGACAUGUGGUCUUUGGGUUGUAUAAUGGCAGAGUUUCUUGCGAAGGAACCCCUAUUUCCAGGAAAAUCACCCAUUGACGAGAUAGAUAAGAUAUUUAAGACCUUGGGGACGCCAAACGAGAAGAUUUGGCCUGAUUUUGUAAAACUGCCGGGUGUACGUUGUAAUUUUACCAAGCAACCAUAUAACAAGUUGAGGGAAAAGUUUCCAGCAACAUCUUUCUCAGGAAGGCCAACUUUAUCUGAGAAAGGUUUUGAUUUGUUGAACAGGUUGCUUACUUAUGAUCCUUCGAAGCGUAUUACAGCUGAGGAAGCGCUCAAGCAUGAUUGGUUUCGAGAAGUUCCUUUGCCAAAGGCCAAGGAGUUCAUGCCUACAUUCCCAGUUCGAAGUGAGCACGACCGGCGGAUACGGCGACUCAUGAAGAGCCCUGAUCCUUUAGAAGAACAACGGAAACGAGAGCUUAAGAGGGCCGAGGUUGGAGGUGGGGGGCUGUUUGGUUAGAUACUGGAGGCAUCAAGAGUAAGAGUUGUAAUCUUUUAAAAACUAUCAGAUGUUUCCAGUUGUAUUUUUCCUAUUCUUGGGCGUCGGGGGCUUUUAAACCUUGUUUUGAUUGAUGUUGGAACGAAUAUAGAUUACAGUAGCUAUCCUCGUAUGUUCAAUGUCGUUCCACGAGGUUGUUCGGCAUCUGCGCGACAGCAUAAGAUUAUUCCCCGCUUCGUCAAAUUGGACUGCAGGCACGCAAACCCGAUACCUGUGUUCCAACUUCCGUGCGUUAGGUUUGUAGUUCCUUCUUACCCGCUGUGGCUUUCUGAAUUCUGCAUUAUGAUAAUUGUUCAACUUUAGAGGAAUUACUACGAGUUUGAUGUCAUGCUUGGCUUAGUCGUAUCUACCUUGUGAGUCGUAACGGCGUCUUCGGUUUCCUCUUUACAAGUAAUUAUCUCGAUAGCCAAAUCCAAGUUUUGACGCUCGAGGCUCUACUUGCAGUUGGAUUUUAAUGAGAAUUUGCUAGUAUUUGGCUCUUGCUAGUA